AAUUUCCAUUCACAACCGCCUCAUUCAACAUCCCCCCUCUGUCUCCCUCCACCUUAGAGAGAGAAACACCACCGUACCGCCCGCCGCCCGCCGGGAGAAAGAAUGAGACAUGGUAGGACUCAGUGCAAUUUUAGAAACUCGGAAACUCGGCAUUACUGACUCAACUCGUCAGGUCAUUAACAAAUCCACUCUUAUUAUGAUUAAUAGCAACGCCAACGACCAGCACCGCCACCGCCACCACCGUUCUUCUUCUUCUAGAAGUUUUCAGUUUUCGAGAACGCCCAGAUUUCUCGACCGCUGCUUUCUCUGCGGUCAGAAGCUCCUCCCCGGAAAAGACAUCUACAUAGGAGACAAGGGUUUCUGCAGCGAGGAGUGUCGAUGCCGGCAGAUUUUCAUGGACGAAGAACAGAGCAUGCUGGAAGCAGGGAACUGCUCGUUGGCGGCUGCCAUUAACCCACAAACCACCACAUCGCCGUCGUGUCCCUCGCCUCAGCCAUCUCGCCACCCUAGAGCUACCAGAGACCACACCCAAGCUUUUGCCUACUGAUCAUCACACCAAAAAUGGGUGGGUUCUGAUUUCUGAUUACUGAAGCUGGGAAAGAAGGGUGUUUUUAAGAUUCAAUAGGCAAAAAGAUUUCCAUGAUGGGUUUUUUCUUUUUUUAUUUUAUUUUUUUGUUUGGGUUAAGCAUUGGUGUUUAAUUAUGAAAGAACAUAUAUGCAAAGUUGCGUUUGUUUUUGAUA